UGACGUAAGGACGCCGAGGCGGCAAGAAAGCGCGCGCGUCACGGCGCACGUCGACGUUCGCUUUGAAAAGUCAACUGUUAGCCAGGGGAAAGACACAAGUCGGGAUGUGUUGAUGACAAACAACUCGCAGACUUUAUUGCCGCGGAUCAGACGCGCUGUGAAACGUGCGCGCAGCCUCGACUAAGGACCCAGCCCGCCGCCGCCCGCUAAGCUAACUAAGCAACCACUCGACUUAGCUGCCAGCUAGCCUGCACUUAGCUUGUCCGCCACCUGUGUCACCUGCCUCGCUCACUACACCUGUGUGCACCGCACUUGUGCGCACUACACCUGUGUGCACCGCACUUGUGCGCACUACACCUGUGUGCACCCCACCUGUGCGCACUCCCGUGCGGGGCGGCAUGGCCUUCCGGAGGAGCUGGUUCAGUUGGGACCGCUACAGCGACGUGGAUCUCUUCUCAGAGCGCCUGGACCGCAGCAACAGCCUCUCUCAGGCCAUCAGAGCCGCAGCCUCCGACGAGACGGACGCCGAGGGCAACGUCCUCUUCGGCCAGAUCCAGGGCACCGUCGUCGGCCUCAGAUACUACAGCGGGGUGGUCAACCAAGGCGAAAUGGUCGGUUUGGUGCGCGAGCCGCAGAAUCCGUACGACCGCAACGCUGUGAUGGUGGCCAACAUCUACGGCAGUCAAGUGGGGCACAUCAGGCGGGACCUGGCCAACGCCAUGGCCCACGUCAUGGACAACAAGCUGGCCAAAGUGGAAGGGGUGGUGCACUCUGGGACAAAAAACAAGUUCUCCAUGCCAGUGGUGUUGUCCUUCUGGGGCAAAGAAGAGAACAAAAAUGGGGUGACUCAGUGUUUGGCACGCCACGGGUAUAAACUCAAUACAGGUGCAAGUCAGAAAGCAUACAGCUCAGGUGUUGGGAUGGCGUCUAAUAAAAAAGGUGUGACUGUCCCGCUAACAGCAGAGGAGCUGAAGAACGCCUUCGACAACCUCUUUGAAGGCCUGCUGGAAACUAAAGAUGGUGAAAAAGAAGCAGCUGAAUCUGUGGCCACGCCCCUCAUGUCCCACCAGAGGCAGGCGCUGUCCUGGAUGUGCGCGCGCGAGAACAAGUGCACCCUCCCGCCUUUCUGGGAGAAGAGAGGCGAGCUGUACUACAACACCCUGACGUGCUUCUCCGCCAAGGAAAUACCUGAGCGGGUCCUCGGCGGGAUACUGGCCGACGACAUGGGACUGGGGAAAACGCUGACAACCAUCGCUCUCAUUCUCUCCAACCACCGCCAAGGAAAGCCCCUUCCCGUGUACAAGCGUGAGGAGCGCUCGUGGCAUAGAAAAGCUGACUCGGCCGGAUCCAGCCUCACCGCCGCUCACUGUCUGCGCUCAAACAGGGCCCAGAUGGAGGAGCUGUGUGUCCCAAUGUCCACUGUAAUGGACACAACCAAGGUGUCAGAGAAAGGCAAGAGAAGCACCAAAACCGGCAAGCGAAAGCUGGAGGCCCCGCUGCUGCUGGAGGAUGCGGACUUUGCCUCGGCUUUGUGCGGAGAUCUGUCAUCUGCCUCUCUGUCCAGCAAGAAGAAGAAAAAGAAGAAGGCCGGUGCCAGUCAGGCUGCUGAUUCCUUCAUCACAGACACCGGCAGCGAGUCUGUGUCGGCGACUCUGAUCGUGUGUCCACUGUCGGUGCUCAGCAACUGGGUGGACCAGUUUGAGGAACACGUGCGAGCCGACGUGAGGCUGAAAGUGUACAUGUACCACGGACAGGACCGCAACAGGAGCACCAAGUUCCUCUCCUCUCAGGACGUGGUGCUCACCACCUACAAUAUCCUGGCCGCCGACUUCACGGGCAAGAACAAGAGUCCCCUGCAUGACAUCAAGUGGUUGCGAGUGGUGCUGGACGAAGGACACGUGGUGAGAAACCCCAACGCGCAGAUGAGCAAGGCAGUGCUCGACCUCAAAGCUGAGCGCCGCUGGAUUCUGUCUGCUGUACUUUGCCGAGUAUUCUUUGACUUGCUAGACAGACAGCCACAUUCUGGAUCUUUCCACCUUGGCGGAGGCACGCCUAUCCAGAACAGCGUGAAGGAUCUGUGGAUGCUGCUGGCCUUCUUACGCCUGAAGCCCUUCGACGUGAGGGAGUGGUGGAACCGAGUCAUCCAAAGACCCGUUACCCACGGAGACAGGACUGGCAUACAGAACCUUCAGACCCUGGUGAAGUGCAUCACGCUGCGACGCACCAAGUGCAGCGAGGUGAACGGGCGCCCCCUGGUGACGCUGCCUGAGAAGUGCGUGUGCGUGGAGCAGGUGGAGCUGAGCGCCGCCGAGCGGGAAGAAUACGAGCUGGCGCGUAACGACGGACGACACACCAUUAGCAGAUACGUGGCCGAGGGGACGGUGUUGAGGAAUUACGCUGACGUCCUGGCCAUCCUGAUGAGGCUCCGACAGCACUGCUGCCACCCUGACCUGCUGGCACACACCUCCACCGAUUCAGACAUCGCGACCACGCCCGCCGAACUGCGAGAGCGCCUGGUCGCCAAGCUCCGUGUGGUCCUGGCCAGCGGCUCGGACGAGGAGUGCUCCGUGUGUCUGGACUCUGUGCGCCUGCCCGUCAUCACGCACUGCGCCCACGUCUACUGCCGGCCCUGCAUCGCCCAGGUCAUCGGGACGGAGCAGGAGAGCGCUCGCUGUCCUCUGUGUCGCAGCGACAUCAAGAUCAGCGAGCUGGUGGAGUUCCCGCAGGAGGAGGCGGGGGAGGAGAGCAGCGGCAGUCCCGGGAAGUGGAGGAGCAGUUCAAAGGUACACGCACUGAUGGCAAACCUGCUCAGGCUGCAGAGAGAGGACAGCAGCAUCAAGUGUCUGGUCGUCUCGCAGUUCACUCGCUUCCUCAGCAUCCUGGAGACGCCGCUCAGGGAGCAUGGCUUCCGCUUCGUGCGUCUGGACGGCACCAUGAGCCAGAAGAAACGCACUCAGGUGAUUCAGGACUUCCAGAGCGUCUCCGCCAGCAGCCCCACCGUCAUGCUGCUGUCACUCAAAGCUGGAGGGGUGGGGCUUAACCUGACGGCCGCCUCGCACGUCUUCCUCAUGGACCCAGCGUGGAACCCGGCCACUGAGGAGCAAUGUAUCGACCGCUGCCACCGUCUGGGCCAGAAGAGGAAAGUCUUUGUCACCAAGUUUAUCGUGAAAGACUCCGUGGAAGAAAACAUGGUGAAGAUUCAGAAGCAGAAGCAGGAUUUAGUGGAGUCGGCGUUGGGCUCCACCGGCCCCGGCAGGAAGACGUCACGCAUCAACGACAUCAAGGCGCUGAUGGAGCUGUAGUCCUCGGUUUUUGGUUUUUUAAUUUUUUUACAACUUGUUGACAUUCCGAAUGACGUCGUUUGGAUGUUCUUGCGUUUGUGUUUAGGAUAGAUUCUCCACACAGAUGCUAAAAAAAAUAGAUAAUUUGUUACUCAUUUGGUUGUCCCACCUUCCAUCGAUAGUCCGCUUCAGACGUGUGUGUGUGUGUGGUGUACAUUCCUGCUUGAUGAAACAAAAACACCAAAGUUCUGAUUCCAUUUGUUUUUGGACUAUGUGGACUGCUCAAAAUAAUUCAAUGUCAGCAUUUUUCAUCUGCUUUUAGAAUACAAACAUUGCAAAAAAAACAGUGUGUUUAUUACAUGAACAUGUCAACUUGCAGACAGGUUGAUUUCUAGAAACCGUCGGACACCAAACAGUCUUAAAAAGAAGACCGAGGGAAGGAUUUUAAUGUGCUUCACAUUUUUAUUUUUUGUCCUGAACGUUUCCCAGCAGUGUUCUGUUGAAACUCAUUCUGCAAGAUGGAAAAUUGGCAAGUUCCCAAGGAGAAAGGCCAAACAUCUUUCCAUCCGUCUUGCUCCGCUUACCCGAGGUCAGGUUGCCGGGGCAUCAGUCCUUGCAGACUUCCCUGUCCCAGCUACCACGGCUUGAUCCUUCCGGAGGGAUCCCAAGGCGUUCCUAGAUCAGCCGGGAGUCAGUCAGUCAGUCAGUCAGUGUCUUGGAUCUUCCGAAGUGGCCUCUUAGUGGUUGGACGUGCCUUAAAACUACCCCAGGGAGGCAUCCUGGAUUAGAUUCCUGAACCACCUCAUCGGCUUUACUCUGAGCUCCUCCUGAAUGAAAGCCUCUCACCCUAUGUCUAAGGAAGAACUUGUUUUGACCACUAGUACCCUUGAUCUUGUCCGUAAGGAUAGGAACGUAGAUCGACCAGCAAAUUGAGAGUCUUACCUCGUUCACUGCGACGGAUUGAUACAGGGUCUGCAUCUCUGCAGACUCUUUCCUCACUGAAACAAAACCCAGGAGGUACUUAAACUCAUACUUAAGUACCUCUCACCCUAUCUCUAAGGAAGAACUUGUUUUGACCACUAGUACCCUUGAACUUGUCUGUGAGGAUAGGAACGUAGAUCGACCAGCAAAUUGAGGGUCUUACCUCGUUCACUGUGACGGAUUGAUAGAGGGUCUGCAUCGCUGCAGACUCUUUCCUCACGGAAACAAAACCCAGGAGGUACUUAAACUUGAGGCAGGAUCUCGGAGUGAACACUCA